AACCCUUGCAUUUCUCAUUCUCCUCCUCUCUCACAUUUGAAGUGAAAAUAGUGGGAGCGCAGUGUAUCUAGCGACUGAAGCCCUACUUUUCCGCGGCGGGGAUUUGAGAUCGAAGUUUGGAAUCAAUGGCCGAUCACGACGCUGAGCACGAGAAGCACGUAUCUGCUGCUGAAUCACUGAUCGACAAGAUCACGGACAAAUUUCACGGCAGCGGCUCGUCGUCAUCUGACUCCGACGAUGACGGUGACCUCAAAUCCAAGGCAUCUGCCAUGAAGGCUAAGAUCUACCGUUUGUUCGGCCGCGAGAAGCCAGUGCACAAGGUUUUGGGCGGCGGAAAGCCUGCUGACAUUUUCCUAUGGAGGGACAAGAAAGUUACUGGUGGUGUGUUAGGUCUUGCUACUGCAAUUUGGGUGCUUUUUGAAUUGCUUGAGUAUCACCUGCUCACGCUAGUUUGCCACAUCCUGAUUCUUGGUUUGGCAGUCGUUUUCUUGUGGUCAAAUGCAUCAACCUUCAUCAACAAGUCCCCGCCAAAGAUCCCUGAAGUUGUUCUUCCUCAGGAUGUUGUCCUCGGUGUAGCAUCAGCCCUUAGGACAGAAAUCAACUCACUUUUUGCCUUGCUUCGAGUUGUAGCAUCUGGGAGAGAUUUGAAGAAAUUCCUUGCUGUGAUUGCUGGCCUUUGGACUGUGUCAAUUCUUGGAUCCUGCUUCAACUCCCUUACCCUGUUCUACAUAUGUUUCGUUUUGCUGCACACGGUUCCAGUUCUUUAUGAAAAGUACGAAGAUCAGGUUGAUGCUUUUGCUGAGAAGGCUGAGGCCGAGUUCAAAAAACAAUAUGCUGUGUUUGAUGCCAAGGUUUUGAGUAAAAUUCCAAAAGGCCCUCUUAAAGAUAAAAGUUCGCUUAGAAGAUUCCUUUGUGUGAGGUGGUGCUACUAGGUCUGUCUUGAAAGGCUUUGUAUUUCCAUUUCCUUUCUUGUUGUUGUGGCUAAGUUGUCUGAUGCCUGAUGGAACCCGUGUUUGGUCGUUUGCUUUUUUUUUUUUACAUCCGGGUUCAUAGUUUAAAAUUUGAUUUAGGCGGUUUUGAGCUUGUCUUGCUCCAGUGUUUGGAAUUAUAUUACUUACAAUUAUGGAUAGUCCAAAUUUAAUUGCCAUGAUGAUUGAUGAGUA